GGCCUCCAGCCUAGUAACCUAGUAGCGAUGGCCUCUAGCCUAGUAGUUAUGGUUGUUUGUCGGGCGCACUGGCUGGUACCACUUCAGCAUUUGCUUCGCUUGAGGCCGCAGGCAUCGCCCAGACUUGCUCCGAGGGAGAUGGGCAUCCAUGCGCCUCACCCAGAGGAGCUCGACUCCCCUCGCUUGGCGCCGCAGGAAGAUAGCAUGCCAUUCAACCAAACCUUCACCGUGCAGCAUUCAUCCACGCCGGUGAUGUUUGAACCACCCCGACCAGCCUACACAGAAACUGCCCGCGGAUUAGGGUCGGGCCAGCGGGAAGGAUCGUCAAAGUGGCAGCCUUCGGUUUUGGUGUCCAAGUCGGCAUCUCCAAUUGCUCAGAGUCCGUCGGGGGAUUUGCCAGAGCUCCGUGUGGAUGCUAUUGAUUUCAAACUGAAACCCUACGACUUCGAGCUACGCCGGCGCGCGUGGCGCUCUCCGCCUUCCGCAGCGCCGGAACAACGCACUGAACUACCCCAUGCUCCGCAAGAGGUCGAGGGAAACGAGCCCGAACUGGAGUCUCCUCGGCUAGCCCCGCCGGAGGAGAGCAUGCCACGCGUGCGGAAGCGGUACGACUCUGGACUGCCAGCAGGGGGCUCCCCGUCUUCGGCUAAGUUUGUCGCAGAAGACAGCUCGGAACCUCCCCAUGCACCUCUGGAGGAACCUGCAGCAAGGAAGCGAUUUGACUCUGGACUGCCAGCAGGGGGCUCCCCGUCUUCGGCUAAGUUUGUCGCAGAAGACAGCUCUGAACCUCCUCAUGCACCUCUAGAGGAACCUGCAGCAAGGUCUGACUCUGGACUGCCAGCACGGGGCUCCCCUUCUUCGGCCAAGUUGGUCCAAGAAGGUCGCUCUGAACCCCAGCAUGCACCCCAAGAGGAAUCUGGAGCAAGAUCGAAGCGGUACGACUCUGUUCUGCCAGCACGAGGCCUGCUGUCUCCGGCUAGAUUUGUCGCAGGGGACAGGUUGGAACCUCCCCGUGCACCUCAAGAUGAAUCUGGAGCAAGGAUGAAGGUCAGCCACCCUGAAGUGCCAGUGUGGGGUUUCCCAUCCUCAGCAUCACAGUUUCUGGCAGCGCAAAGCACUGAACCUCCUCAUGCACCUCGAGAGGUGUGCGAAGAAAGACCGAAGCCAGACCACUCGGUGCCAGCAGUGUGGGGCUCCCCGUCUUCGCCAUCUCAGUUGAUGGCAGAGCAGAGUGCUGAACCUCCUGCUGCUCCUCGGGAAGACUCCGAAGAAAGGACGAAGCCAGAUCACUCGGUGCCAGCAGUGUGGGGCUCCCCGUCUUCGCCAUCUCAGUUGAUGGCAGAGCAGAGUGCUGAACCUCCUGCUGCUCCUCGGGAAGACUCUGAAGAAAGGAUGCAGCCACACGACUCUGAGCUGCCAGCGAGGCGCUCCAUGUCUCCAGCAUCUAAGCCUGUCCCAAAGCAGAUGACCGAACAUCCCCGUGCACCUCGAGAGCGGUCUGCAGACAGAAUGCCUGACCAAGAUCCAGAUACACACCACUUGGAGGAUGCGGACCAGCCACCUGCAAAGGCGACUCCUGCAGAGAGGCCUCUGAGCAAGAAGGUCCCAGUGCAGGGUGAGAAGGGCGCAAGCAGUGGCCAUGAUGAUGAGGGGAAGUCUGCCAUGGAAUGGCAGAAGCAGCAGCUGGCAGAUGGCAUUGUUCUCUUGAAGAGGUGGGUCGGUUUUGAGCACACCUGCCUUCAGCUGCGCGUCAGCAAUAAGAAGCUCUCUGACAUGAAGUUCACCGUGAACAUCGCAAGCUCACUCAAUCUGGAGUUUGAGAAGCCUCCAGCCGCCAAAGGGAAGACAAGCUGUUGUGUCACGGCCAUGUCUGCGACUGAGACUGACAUUUGCUACCUGCAGCAGGUGGAGCACGGCAAAGCAGCAAAGCUCAGCCUGGCAUUUAGCUGGGAACCCCUACCCUUGGACCGCAAACAGCUACAAGCGCUCAACGAAGAAGAUGAGCGCAGGCAGCGUGAUAUUGUUACGCGCCUGAAGCAGAAAGGCAUCACAACGUCACAGAUAAGAUCAGCAGCCAAGAUCCAGGAUGCUUGCAAAGCCCACGGCUUCCCCAGGUUUGUGGAUGCUGAGUUCAUGCCGACGGACAGCUCCCUUUUCGAGGAUCCCACGCAUCAGAAUCAUCCACCGGUGAUUUGGAAACGCCCAGAGGACUUCUGCAAAGGCAGCGUCAGGAUCUUCUCCGAUGACAUCGCUCCAUCGGAUAUUAAGCAGGGUGCUUUGGGCGACUGCUGGUUCCUCGCAGCCUUGGCAGCCAUGGCAGAGGAACCCGAUUUGGUGCAUCGCGUCUUUGCCAACAAUGGAGAAGCGAACGAGCAGGGUGUCUACGAGAUCAGCUGCUUCAAGAACGGGCGGCCCACAACGAUCGUCGUGGAUGACUUCCUCCCCUGCUCACCCAACACAGGAAAGCCAUGCUAUGCCCACGUUGAUUUGCAAGGCCGCAAUGCCAAUGAGCUUUGGGUGAUGCUGCUGGAGAAAGCAUGGGCAAAGCUACAUGGCAGCUACGAGAGGAUCGAAAGUGGCAUGCCGUACCGCGCCUUGAUGGAUUUGCUGGGGGCAGCUGGAAAAGAGUACCACCUCGAAACGGAGAAAAAACCAGAUGGCCUGGUCUCCAAGGACAAGUUCUUUUCGAUGCUGUGCAGAUACGAUGAAGCGGGCUACUUGAUGGUGGCUGGCACUCCAGGUUCUGAUACUUUUACAAAAGGUGACAAGUCCAAGACGCCUUUGUCUGGGCUGAUCCCGGGUCAUGCCUACACACUCCUUUCAGCACACGAAGCGAAAGGAGUAAGGCUGCUGAAGCUGCGAAACCCUUGGGGGGAUCACGAGUGGACAGGCGAUUGGAGCGACAAGAGUAGUCUUUGGACCCAACCCAUGAAAGAUGCUUUCCAUCCCAGCUUCGAUGCCAACGAUGGCGAGUUCUGGAUGUGCGAAAGAGACUUUCUGAGUCACUUUUCUUCGGUGGGUGUUUGCUUCAUCAGCGACUCCUGGGCAACCAGCCGAACGGCCUUGUCCAGCGAUGUCACCGAUUUGUGCAGCCAGCUGGUAUGCAUCAAGACAGUUGCCCCCAUCAAGAAGGGCUUCAUCAGCUUGAUUCAGGAGGACACACGGAUCAAAGGCGCACCUUCCUACACUCAGCUUUCGUUUGCUCUCUAUGGGCCUGUGGUUGAUGGGAAGCCGAAAGCAGAGGUGCUCCGUAGCCACUUGUGGCCUGUGCGAGAGCUGGUCGAGGAAAUCCCGCAUGAGAAGCCCCUACCUGCCGGCGAAUAUUGGGUGGCGGUCUUCACACCAGACAAGGUCCCAGAUCGCCCCUUGACGCUGGUGCUGCAGCUUGAUGCGCAGCAUAGCCAGGUGACGACGAGAGCAGUGGAUGACAGGCUGCGGGAGAGCUUGGCUUUGGCCAGUGCCCUCACAGGCAACCCAAAGCCAUUGGGCCCGGCAUCCAGUCAUGGCGCUUGGUUGCCAAACGGCGGCUACGCCUUCGCGGUGUCCUGCCCACAGCCUGGUGUCGUGAUGUCCUUCGACUUUGCUCCCUGCAAGGGCCUGGCCUUGCGUGGCAAGGGCUCCAAGGUUGAGAUGAGCUUCAAGGGUCAGGAGACAAAGCUGGUGGGUGAACUGCAGCCAUUGAGUAACAAGAAGUCCUUCUCGGUCUCGACCUCCUGCAGAAUGCCCGUGCUUGGAUGCAGUAGACAGUUUGUCCUUCAAACUCUGUGGCAUGCCAUCCCAACACCAAGGAUACGGUCUGACAUGGUCUGACAAAGUUAGUACACUCUUUCGUGUGCCUGUGUGAAGCUGCCAUGCCUUGUACUUCUCCAGCCUAUGGAUACUACUUUUUGGGGAACUGCCCAUGCAGAGGCGCCAAUUGGGGCAGUGGAGCCCACCAUGGCAGAUUCCCACAACUCAGGUUGGUUAGACAUUCGUCGGACACAACCAGGUGGGGCCAGGCAGCUUCGUGGCUGAUGAAACUUUACUUAUAUAACUAUACUUGUACCAUAACCAUAACUAUACUACUUAUUUAGCCUAUUUCCUUCCUAUUGUGUUCCUUUUCACUGUUUGGGGUCUCUUGCCGGAUAAUUUGUUUGAAGCAAAUUCUUUAUUUGGACGUGGGCAUCUCAAAGUGUGGUUUCUCUAAUGCGUUCGCAUCGCAAAGAUGUCCAGGGGUCAAGGUGAGUCCUGAUUCAGCUAUAGAUAAGAUAGAUGAUGCCCCUUGUGCAUCGCAGUACCUCAACAACAAUGCUUUUGUGUGAUCUCCGGGCAGGCUUUAGCAAUCUUCAAUCGACACUGGGGACGUUCUAACAAUACUGGUAUUCUUGCAAAGACGUCCGCGAGACUGGCUACCGGGUAGCAACAGGAUUUGCUGGCUCUCUUUAUUCUUUACGUCGCUAUGCUAGACUAGACCGGUGCUGAUUUACCACUGAUAUUUGGCGUUCUGCUCAGAGGUGUGGUCAUUUGCCAUUGGAUGGGCAUGGUUCCUUUUGCUUUGGACCACGAAAUGGCUCGUCAGCUCCGUCAGGCGACGUACGCACUUGCUGGCCUGACUUGCUAAAGUGCAACGCACCAAAUGGCAAUGUGAAGAAUCCAAGACAAUCACUGUCCAAAGAUCUUAUCAGUCCCUUUGAAAACUUUGUCCACAAGUUUGAUCAUUGGAAUCAUUGGCUCGAUGAAGCGAAUACUGGAUUUGGGGGAGUGAAGCUGGGGCCCAUACAUGUCGGCAAAGAAGCCGGUGGGCCAAGUGAGCUCCAGCUCCCGAAUGAACGAUGCAGACGGUGGAUGCGCAGCCUUGGACAUCCGCUGGACCAAUCCAUCCAGCGAAUGGACAACCAGGUAAGCGUGAUGUGCUGAUUAUAUAUUAUAUGUUGGACUAUCGGAUGUUGUUGGC